AUGUCCUUGUUCGAUUUUCCCGGCCUGGACCCCGUGCUGAGCUCCCCAUCACAAGCGGGGACAGCCACGCCCGCGCCCACGGUCCGCACGCCGGCCCCCCCCUCGCCGACGGCCAGCGCCAGCCCAACAGCCACGACCACCGCCCCGCCGCCGACGGCCACCCCCACGGCCACGGCCGCCCAGCAACAGCAGCAGCAGCAGCCCGCGCGCGACCCCGCACCGGAUCCCACUCGGCCACGGCCCACCAUGCCGGCCGGCGACGCCCAGCCGGCCAAGCGCGAGCACCCCCGCGGAUAUCCCUUCACCUCAACACAUGCCACCUCCUUUGUGGACUUCAAUGUGCCCGGCUCGACGACUGCCCACAUCUUCGAUCGGGACCCGAAGAAAAUGCGCGUCUGCGCCUUCCAGAACAUCUGCCUCAACAGCACACACGCCUUCUUCCUGCUGGAGCCCAACCCCGCGGACAAGGUCGCCCUGCCGGCCGAUGUGGACCGGGUGAGCCCCUCGUCGGCCGGCCUGGCCGAGCUCAAGAAGGACCUGGCCCUAUGCUCCAGCGGCGUGCCCAGCCGCGACCUGCCGCUCAUUUGCCAGUGCUUCACCCGCAUGACCAAGCCGGUGAUCGUGUCCGAGGCCGACAUGAAGGCUCUCCGCCCUACGGUGCGCGGCCACCACUGGCUCAUCGACAAGUUUGUGUCUGGCAACCAAAUCGGCCACUGGGCCGAGUCACUCGGGUUCUUCCACUCGAUUGUCAUGAACAAGGAGCACUUUGGUUUCCGCGUCAUGAACGAGGAGGUCAUCGAGCGCCUGCUGCGCAAAUACGGCGUGCGCAACAUCGCCCGGGUCACCACCACCAAGGACACCCCGACCAAGGAGCAGGCGUCGCUCUUCUACAACUCGGGCCUCAUCCUCUCGCCUCACUCCUCGCAGCUGGUGAACUUGGUCUUCACCCCGGCCAAUGCCUCCAUCAUUGAGAUGGCCCCGGCCUACUUCAACAGCGACUUCUCGCAAAUCGCCGAGGUCCUGACGCAGAACUACCACUUUGUCAUCGGCGGCUAUGCCACCGGCGACCCUGUGUCCCUGACCACCGAGGAGAAGGCCCACCUGGCCAUGUGCAACGCCCGGUAUGCCUACUGCAAUGGGCGUCUGGACAAGUGCUCGGUCCGGGCCUCCUUCGAAAACAUCAAGGACCACCAGCCCAAGGGCAACUGCAGCUCCGGCAGCCCGGCCUACGCCAAGUACUCGAAGGCCGUCAAGUCCCGGGACUUCUAUGUCGACGAGGCUGGCCUGGAGCGUGCCAUCAAGUCCGCCCUGUACCGCCUGCACCAGGCCUGCGGCGGUAGCUGGCCAGGGGCCGACCCGGCUGCCCUCAACGAGCCGGCGCUGUCGUGGCUCCUGCCAGCAUGA